CUUCCCACUUCACCUAGCUAAAGAACCUGCCUGCAGUUGCUCCUUCCACUUCCUUAUUACAGAGGGCAUUUAAUUAUUCGAUCUGCGCAGUUUCAUUCAGUCUUUUAGAAGCGAAGAUAGACAGACAGUGAUGGAGAACACUCCAGUAUAUAAUCCUCAGAGCGUAGCGGAUACGAUUGGCAGCCAGGACCCCCUUAUCCCUCAGCCGAGACCCAGGCCCUCCAACAGCCGUGCCCUGAAGGUGGCAGGCCUGACCACGCUGGCAUGUCUCCUUUUGGCCAGUCAGGUCUUUACUGCCUACAUGGUUUUCAACCAAAAGCAGGAAAUUUCCAAUCUCAAGAAGAACUCAGAAAAAAUGUCCAAACAGCUGACCCGCUCGCCCCAGCCUAAUUACCCAAUGAGGGUGCCCAUUGGCAGCCUCCCUCUGAUGAUGGAUUUUACCCAAACUGAAUCUUCAAGCACCGUCUCACCCGACACAAGACUCCAGGAGACUACUGUGGCCAGUGUGGAGAAGCAGCUGAGAGAUUUCCUGGAGGACUUCCAGCAGCCUCACUUCAAUGACACCUUCCUGGGGAACCUGCAGAGUCUGAAGCAGGACAUGAACGAGAGCCAUUGGAAGAGCUUUGAGUCCUGGAUGCGUUACUGGCUCAUCUUCCAGUUGGCCCAGCAGAAGCCUGAAGUCCCCACACCUGAGCCAACUGUUGCAGUGAAGACCAAGUGCCAGAAGGAGGCAGAAUCUGGUGCUGGAAAGAUUGGUUCCUUCAAGCCUCAGUGUGAUUCACAGGGCCAGUACAUACCCACGCAGUGCUGGCGAGCCACCGGCUUCUGCUGGUGUGUGGAUAAGGAGGGCACCCCCAUUGAGGGCACCAGCAUCAGAGGAAUCCCUGACUGCCGUGGAGGAAGAGCUCUGAGCCGCAGGAUGUUUGCUCCCCCCUUGAUGCAGAAGACCAUCAGCAUGGAGGCAAAUAAAAACGACAACUGAUGUGUUUCUUCAAGCAGUGACAGACAAGAAGACGACUCAUCAGUGAUGUUACGCAUAUGAUGUAGAGCUUCUCUGCAUUUCUCGCUGUCGUUUGAUCUCUUCAUCUUUUUUUUCUGCUGGUUGUUUUAAAUCCAAUUAAAAACCUGGUGAGGCGUGUUGACAGUAAUUUCCUUAUAUAGACUUAAAUUGCAACCACUUACUAUUUACAUGCAUAUACUUCCUGGGACAUUAUCUACAAUAUAAAGUUAAUCAUAGUUGAAGUAUUUGACUUUAUGUUUUUACAUUAAACCCAAACGGUUGAGACACGUAUCUAAAUAUAGAAGCGUUUUAAAUUUCACCCAGGUGUCUGAGAGAAAACUGUGAUUCUGGUCUGAACAAUCCACAGGAUGUUCACUCAAAGUAUUUAAUUAAAUUUUAAUGAAAGUGUUCUCAGUAAAACGGAGGUUAUUCUAAGACAUAGCACUGUUUAUUUUUCAUUAUCAUUAUUUUAGUAGCUUUCACUAUAGUAAACCCCACAAAUCAAGUGCAUUGAAGUUAAACCAAAGAUAUUUGCAUGUUCAAGUAUUUAAUGGGUGACAUCAGCUUAUUUACCCUUUUACAAAUGUGCCUAUAUAACAAUGAUAUUUUUGCUAUUAUUCUUAUGUGUUUUAAUGAGUGAAGUAAUUUUUUUAUUAUUAUUUUCCUACUUCAGCUUCAGGUUUAAAUCAUGCCAUUGUUUAAUCAUUAGACUAAACAGCUGAAUAAAAAUAAAAGAUGAUUAAACCAA